UAUUUGCAUUUUUAAAUGAAGAGAAAUUUAAUGUGGAUGGAUGGACGGUUUAUAACCCAGUUGAAGAAUACAGACGGCUGCAUCAGACUCUCUGUUUGGUCCGUGGUCUAUAGGGCCGGACCUAAAGACAAGGGCUUGCCCAACCACCACUGGAGAAUUACUUUUAUUAAUAAGUGCUAUGAACUGUGUGACACUUACCCUGCUCUCUUGGUGGUUCCAUAUUGUUCGUCAGAUGAUGAUCUCAGGAGAGUUGCAACUUUUAGAUCCCGAAAUCGAAUUCCAGUGCUGUCAUGGAUUCAUCCAGAAAACAAGAUGGUCAUUGUGCGUUGCAGUCAGCCUCUUGUUGGCAUGAGUGGUAAACGAAACAAAGAUGAUGAGAAAUAUCUUGAUGUUAUCCGGGAGACUAAUAGACAAAUUUCUAAACUUACUAUCUAUGAUGCAAGACCCAAUGUAAAUGCAGUGGCCAACAAGGCAACAGGAGGAGGAUAUGAAAGUGAUGAUGCAUAUCAUAACGCUGAACUGUUCUUCUUAGACAUUCAUAACAUUCAUGUUAUGCGGGAAUCUUUAAAAAAGGUCAAAGACAUUGUUUAUCCAAAUGUGGAAGAGUCUCAUUGGUUGUCCAGUUUAGAGUCUACUCAUUGGUUAGAACAUAUCAAGCUUGUUCUGACAGGAGCCAUUCAAGUAGCAGACAAAGUUUCUUCAGGGAAGAGCUCGGUGCUCGUGCACUGCAGUGACGGAUGGGACAGGACUGCCCAGCUGACGUCACUGGCCAUGUUGAUGCUAGACAGCUUCUACCGGAGCAUCGAAGGGUUUGAAAUACUGGUACAAAAAGAAUGGAUAAGUUUUGGACAUAAAUUUGCAUCUAGAAUAGGUCAUGGUGAUAAGAACCACGCUGAUGCAGACCGAUCUCCUAUUUUUCUCCAGUUUAUUGACUGUGUAUGGCAAAUGUCAAAACAGUUCCCUACGGCUUUUGAAUUCAAUGAACGAUUUUUGAUCACAAUUUUGGAUCAUCUGUACAGUUGCCGGUUUGGUACUUUUUUGUACAACUGUGAAUCUGUUCGAGAAAGACAGAAAGUUACAGAAAGAACAGUUUCUUUGUGGUCGCUGAUAAACAGUAAUAAAGACAAAUUCAAAAAUCCCUUCUAUACUAAAGAAAUCAAUCGAGUUUUAUAUCCAGUUGCCAGUAUGCGUCACUUGGAACUUUGGGUGAAUUACUACAUUAGAUGGAACCCCAGAAUCAAGCAACAACAGCCCAACCCUGUGGAGCAGCGCUACGUGGAGCUCCUGGCCUUGCGCGAUGAGUACAUCAAGCGCCUGGAGGAGCUGCAGCUGGCCAACUCCGCCAAGCUCUCUGACCCCGCCCCGUCCCCAUCCAGCCCUUCAGCCCUGGUGCCCCACGUGCAGACCCACUUCUGAGGGCCCACCCUGGGAAUAAAGCAAGUAGUUGACUCUCGUUUGGGGCCUCUGUACAAAGUAGAUUAAAAUAUUUGCCUUCAUGUAAGACUCGGACUCCCAUAAUCUUUAAACUCUUGAAUAUGUGCCUUCUAGAAUACAUGUUACAAGAAAACUCUAGUGUCUACACAGCAAUCAGAAGAAAGGAGCCAAGAUGGCGUUUUGGAAAAUCCUGACACCUUUCAAAUGCAGCUUUUGAAAGAUAAACCUUAAAUUUGAUGUAGAUCUUUAGAAAUGCUAGAUAUACGAUAUGUAUUUUGUGGGCUUAAUUGGAACAACAGUGUUUUUUAAAGUAAAGGUAAAAAAUACAUGUUUGUGAAAUGAAUCUUCCUCAAGCUGCUUAUAAUUGCUUCGGAUUAUCUAAAAUGAACCCAAAUGUGAAAGAUGUGUAUUACUGCCAAAACCAAAUUGAGCUCAGCUUCUGAGACAUUUUCCAAAAACAAGGUGUUUAAAUAAUUGCCAAAUUUUAUACCAUUGUAGGUGGUGAGUUUACGAGAAAUAGCUGUGUAGAUGAGAUUUUCAUUUUUUUGCAAUUUUGGAAUGUAAAGCACUUCCCCCUAGUUUUCAAGAGAAGUAUAUUUUUAUAUUAAAUUUAUGGAGCCCAAUUAAGUAUGAUUUGAUUUUUUUUUUUAAUUUGCCAGUUCUGUUUUCUAAGUUCUUCCAAGAGCUUGCCUAGAAUUCUGACCUAUUUUCAGGUUGUGGAAAAAAGCCCCGACACAUCACGCUGCUUAGGUGAGUGUUCUUGCAAAUGUUGCUCUAGUCAGAGCCCAGCUUAUCUGCCAACGUAUAGGGUUGACCAUCUGGGAUGUAGGAGCUGUGUUGCUAGAGUAUCAUCUGAAAUAAAAACUGCUGAUGUACAUUUGUUGAGUAUAUUCUUGAAAGUGGUGUUCAUGAAUUUCAAUUGAAAUGAUGUUGGAUGCCCAAAACUGCUUCUACAAAUUUUUACUUGAAGUCCCUGGCAGUUUGCUUUUUCAGGUGUUUGGCUUUUUGUUUUUCUUUUUGUAGGAUUAAAAGAAAUUUCAGAUGACGUUCUACUUGCUAUCUGGACUAAACUAAUUCAUUUAGUAAGUAUGUUUGUAAAAGUUAAGGAUAGAGUUAAAACAAUUAAUGUGUUUUACAAUGAUUUGUAAAGGACUAUUUAUAGCUAAUAUGGUUUUGUUUUCAAUGAAUUAAGAGAGAUUAAAUAUAUCUUUGUAAGUUAUUUUAUGUCAUAGCUUAAUUGGUCUACCAAAUAAGACAUCUCAAAUACAAUAGUGUAAUGUAUAAAGUUUGUAUGUAUAUGAAAUUUUAUUAGAUAUUCUCUUGCUUUUUGUAAACACUGUAAAUAUUUCAUAAAUUAACAAAGGGUCAGUCCAUAAAAAGAAAAAGCUAAUACUAAUAGCAUAAAGGAUUUUGUGAAAUUUCAUGAAAAAAUUUUCAUGGCAGUAGCAACUAAAGACCUGCUGUAAUAAAUGUAUUAACUCAACCUA